AAGUAUAUAGCAAUAUAAAAUGCAGAUAUUGAUAGCUUUCUCUCAGAUUUUGAUCCAAACUUUAUCAUUUUCUUCCCAGCAAAGUUGACCAAAAGUGCCUGUGUAGUAUAACAUCUACUUAUCAUAAGAUAUCUUUGAUCAAAGUUCACUUGAGUUUGAGAUCAAGAAAGAAAAACCAUGGCAGAAUAUGAUAGAGCAGCUGAGCUUAAAGCUUUUGACGAAACUAAAGCUGGUGUUAAAGGACUUGUUGAUGCUGGCAUCACUGAGAUUCCUCGUAUUUUUCAUCAUCCAAAGUCUGAUGAUUACACCAAGAACAGUAGUUCAGUUUCAGGAGAAACUCAACUGAGUAUUCCAGUUAUAGACCUUAAAGGUCUUGACAAAGGCGAUAUUCAGCGAAAGGAGAUUGUUGAAAAGAUAGGCCAAGCUUCAGAGAGUAGCGGCUUCUUCCAAAUUAUCAACCAUGGAAUCUCGGAAAGUGUUUUGGAGGAGAUGAAAGAAGGUGUUCGACGAUUUUUCGAGCAAGAAACUGAGGUGAAGAAAGAGCUUUACACUAGAGAUCCCAUGAGGCCACUGUCCUAUAACAGCAACUUUGAUUUGUAUAGUGGUGUUUCAACCAAUUGGAGGGAUACUUUUAUGUGUUAUUUGGCUCCUAACCCUCCAAAACCAGAGGACUUGCCUAUAGUAUGCAGAGAAAUACUUUUAGAGUACUCAAAGCAAGUAAUGAAGGUGGGAAUUUUGUUGUUGGAGUUGUUCUCUGAGGCUCUGGGGCUGAAUCCAAAUCACUUGUUCGACAUAGAUUGCGCAGAAGGAUUGGCCGUUUUGUGUCAUUACUAUCCACCAUGUCCGCAGCCAGAGCUAACUAUGGGAGCAAGCAACCACUGUGACAAUGACUUCCUGACUGUGCUUCUUCAAGAUCAAAUUGGUGGUCUCCAAGUGCUAAACGACGAUCAAUGGAUUGGCGUUUCGCCUCAGCCAGGAGCUCUAGUGAUCAAUGUUGGAGAUCUUCUGCAGCUUAUAUCAAAUGAUAGAUUCAAAAGUGUUGAGCACAGAGUUGUGUCAAGCCAUGAAGGUCCUAGAGUAUCUAUAGCAAGCUUCUUCUGCACUGGUAUGAUUCCAACCUCAAAACUGUAUGGACCCAUCAAAGAGUUACUAUCAGAAAACAAUCCUCCAAUUUACAAGGAAACCACAGUGAGAGAUUAUUGUGCUUAUUUCAAAGCCAAAGGCCUUGGUGGAAAGAUCUUGGAUCAUUUCAAGCUUGAUAAAACAGAGUAAUGAGGAAGGGUGAAACUGAGUGUUAUGAUAGUAUAUCUGAUGAUAUACCAUGACAUCUUAUCCUAUUGUGGUUUUCUGUUUUUGAAUAAAACAUGUUACCAAUUAUGUAAUCUUUAUAAUCAUUGAAACCGUUCAAGUUGCAUUGCAUAACUGACAAAAGUACUAGGAAGUAUUUCAAUCACUACUCUAUCCAAAAUGGUUUCUAGA